ACCAUUUUAAAGUUCUGAUCAGGUUUUGUUUUCGGCUCCACAACGUCAGAAGGAAAAUUGUGAAGUAGUGGCAAAACUAGUUCUACGAGUGUCGGUUGCUAGUUGAUUGGCAGUUCACAAUUUUAGUAAUGGGAUUUCUCAAUAAGAAUCAAAUAGAACAAUUUCAUAACGAUGGAUAUUUGAUCAUCAAUAAUUUCUUGAGCGAUGAAGAUGUGGCUUCUUUGCGGAAAGCCAUAGCAACUAUUAUCGAUGAUUUCCAACCGGAUCAGCACAGAAGUAUUUUCACAACAACAGACACUCCUAAACAGGCCCGUGAUACUUACUUUCUGGAAAGUGGUGACAAGAUUCGCUAUUUCUUCGAAGAAGGCGCUUUAAAUGAAAAUGGAGAACUAAUUGUCGAGAAAGAUCGUUCCCUGAACAAGAUUGGCCAUGCACUGCAUUGGCUUAACCCGGAUUUUAAACGCGUCACUUUCAGUAAUGAAGUAAAAGGGACGCUUAAGGAUAUUGGUUUCAAAGAUCCCGCCAUCGUUCAGAGCAUGUACAUUUUUAAGCAGCCUGGGAUCGGUGGCGAAGUUUCGCCUCAUCAAGAUUCUACCUUUCUCCAUACGGAACCCAUGAAGAUAGUUGGUAUGUGGUUUGCGCUGGAGGAUGUAACUUUAGAGAACGGCUGUCUAUGGUUUAUUCCUGGGUCGCACAAGGAAGGAAUCAGUAGAAGAUUCAUCCGCAAUCCUGAUGAAAGCUCGCCAAACUUGACUAUCUACACUGAUCCUAAUCCUGAUUACGACGAAACAAAAUUCAUACCAGGACCUGUUCCAAAAGGUUCUAUGGUACUUAUCCAUGGAGAAGUCGUGCACAAGAGUGAGCGAAAUCUGUCACAGAAUUCCCGACACAUUUACACAUUCCACGUAAUUGAACGAGAGAAUACGACAUACUCAUCAGACAACUGGCUUCAGCCAACAGAGAAGCUUCCAUUUCCAGGAGUAUUCGAUAACUGACCAAAAUAUUUCUUUGGACAAUUUAUUGAAUUUGCUCUUGUUGCCUUGGAGUUCAAUACAUAUCCAGUUUAGCCAGCUUA